AUGCGUAGCUAUCGGAAGAUGCUCAAGCGGCAUCUCUACCGCGAUAAUCCCGCCUUCUACAACGCGUUUUUUCUCGAUACGGGGAACAUCACGGGUGGGGAGCGGCGGAAGAAGCUGAUCGUGCUGCCUUCCUACCGCACCUCCGUCAUCUCCUUCGUGGAUAAAAAAAUCUUGAAGAAAGACCUCAACAACAACUUCUACGUCCAACAUCCCGAGCUGGAGGUGCGUGGGGUGAAGCUCACCCACCUACGGAAGAUUAAAAACGAACUCCUCGUCUACGCGCUCGAGGAGAAUUCGCCGCUGGAGCUGACGACGGUCGCGCACGCGUAUUGGUAUUUCGAGCGGCUUGUCGUGCAAGGGAUGGUGAGCAAGGCGAAUCGCAAGGUGAUCCUCGCCGCCUGCGCGUUGCUCGCGAUUAAAUUCCUCGAAACGGGGGAUGUUUCGAAAAAACUGCAGUACUUUCGCAACCGCUGGAGGCGGUUUCAUCUGGUUUCUUCCGGGAUCCUUGGAGAGGGCGAGGAGGAUGAGAUCGAGGAGGAUGAGGAGAACGUGAAGGUGGAUUGGGGUCAGGUCGAGCGGAAUGAGUUUCCCGUCUACGUCGGCCUCGACUUUACCCUCAUGCAGGACCUCGGGAGCAACGUCAUCGCGACCCAUAUCGAGCGGCUUCUCCAGCAGAUUAACGUCACUUCGCAGGAGUACUACAGCAAGAAGUUCGUUUCACCUGUGUAUCUGAACAAGUACAACUAUUACAGCAAUCUGUAUUAUUGA